ACGGCGAGAGAGACACACACAGAGUGACCGAGAGAGAUUUAUAGUGAGACACACACACACAGAGAUUCAGAGUGAGACAGACACAGAGUGACAGAGAGAGACACACACACACACAGAGUGACACAGAGAGAUUCAGAGUGAGACAGACACAGAGUGACGGAGAGAGAUUUAUAGUGAGACAGACACAGAGAGAGGCAGAGAGACACACACACAGAGUGACAGAGAUAGGUUUAGAGUGAGACACACAGAGAGAGAGAGACACACAGAGUGACAGAGAGAGACAGGUUUAGAGCGAGGCAGACACACACAGAGAGAGCUCUGGAGCGGACACUUUUCGGGUAAUUACAUCACCGCCGUAGAGACCGCGCCUGUUCACCUGUUCGCUCAUUCAAUGCGACUCGUGGUGUUAGGUGCUUAGCGAGUGAGUGGAGUGUCGUCGUGGGCUGUGUGGGUGUGUGUGGGAACGCCCGCAUUGCUGUGCAUUGUCACGAGAGGGCCGAUCUCACUCGUCCGGUCAUUCGGACGAGGAAUGAAUGAAUGAAUGGGCGAACAUCCUUUUAAGUGACAGCCGGCAUCGGUCGCACGAGGCGCAGUCGCUGGGAGACAGAGACGCGGGGACAUUCAGAGACACACAGACACAGACACACACUCGAUAGACAGAAACAGAGAGACAGACACACACUCGAUAGACAGAAACAGAGAGACAGACACAGACACGCACGCACAAAAUAGAGACACACACAUCGGCGAACACACGCGUAGAUACACAUGCGCACAUAUAGACAGACACAAAGAAAAAGAUCCCCCGUAUAGCCUGAACAGACUGUAGGGGCAAGUGCUGUUAGCGAGCACCUAUAAAGGACAGCACGGCACACGAGGGGGUGGGUGGUCAACACCACGCCCGGCCGCCUUUGUCUCCCUAGCGGCGAUGUUUACACAUCGCACCAGGUACUCAUUUGAGGCUGAGUCGACCUAGGGGACGCCCAGGACCGGUUCAGAUAAUCGUCACUGGGUGUUGGCCGUGAGCGGGAAUCGAACCCGGGUCGCCAGGUUCGUAGCGCAGCGCGCUAACCGCUGCACCACCGCUCCACACACGCAGAGACGCGCACGCAUAGACACACGCAGAGACGCACACGCAGAGACACACGCACGCACACGCAGAGACACACACAGAGAAGCACACGCAGAGACACACACAGAUACGCACACGCAGAGACACACACAGAGACGCACACGCAGAGACACACACGCACGCACGAAGAGAGGCACGCAGACAAGGUGUCUGAGCGACAUCGCCAGCGAGCUGGACUUUGACAACUGUUGGCGGGGAUCGUUGUUCGAUGAGCGACGGCCUCUGCACGAGCCGGAGCGUGGUGCCUCUCGCAUGGCCUCGGACCCAGCACGUGCAGGGAGCGGCGGGGCUCAGUCCGACUCCGACCCCGAGGACUCCCCGCCUCGCCCUGGGGGUCGCCGUGGCACGCGGCGCGAGAAGAACCGCGUGGCGGCUCAGAAGAGCCGGCAGAAGCAGACGCAGCGGGCCGAUAUCCUCCACCAGGAGAGCGAGACCCUGGAGCAGGAGAACGCGGCGCUGCGGCGCGAGAUCGAGAGCCUUCGCGUGGAGCUCCACAGCCUCGACGCGCUCCUCCGGCAGCACGAGGCGAGGUGCUACCACGGCUCCGGCGGUGGGGGGCCCUCCACCGGGGUGCUCGCGGGGGGGGGCCCCGCACCCCCGCCGGAGACGAACGGCCCCAUCUUCGCGGCCGCGCAGGCCCUCCACGGGACGACGUUUUCUGUCAGGGGGCCGAUGGUGGCGGCGGCGGCGACGGCGUCCAGCAGCGGGGCGGUCAACGCCGCCUUUCCCCUGCAGCCGAACGGCGAUUUCAAGUUUCCCUACGGCUCGUAAAGCCUUGACGGGGUGCAUGUUUGAAGGCUCGGGUGUCAGAAACAUCGGUUAAUUUAUUUGUUUGUUGUUGUUGCUGUUGUUGUUAGAUGCACCCAUGAAUGUAUUUCUCGACGGUUAUUUUCCCACGACGUUGCUAAGACUAACUUGGAAUAGGGCUUGCCGGCGUAAGGCACUACCACGAUUGCAUACCUUUGUAUAUUAAUGUUAUUGUUGCAUCAUAUAUGCCUACACACCACCGCAGCAUGCUGAGGUCCAAAUAAAACACUUUGUCCCAUGACCAAAAUCAUUCCUGGAACAGCGUUCCAGACUAUUCCGGCUGAAACUAAGACACUGUGUGUACCUAAGUUCUGGGAAUUAUUUUCAAUCUUAAAUCAUGUUUCUUAACCCCCCCCCCCUCUAUCCACCCAGUGUAUAUGUGUAUGUGUGUG